CUUUGACAAUCUACCCAAACGACACCAUGGAAGCCGACCCAUUGUACCACGUCAAGCAGCUCUUCCACCAAGGCUCGUACAAGGCGACCAUCGCCGAGGCGUCCUCGCAGCCCCUCACGCCAGGCGACGACCCGUCCGCGCUCCCGCGCGCAGUCUACGUCGCGCGGUCGCACCUCGCGCUGCAGCCAGCCGACGCGGCCGCGGCGCAGGCGGUGCUCAAGCCGUUCCUCGCUGUCGAGCCGGCGCCGCCGAGCGCGCGUGCGGCGUCCGCGCUCGCAACGUACCUCUCUUCCACUGGCACGAGCCGCGCAGCCGCCGUCGACGAGGUGCGCGACCUCGUGCUCGAGGUCGAGGGGGACGCCGUCGAGGCCGACGUCGAGGGCCCGACGCGCGCGCUCGCCGGCACCAUCUUCAUCCUCGAGAAGGAGAACGAGGAGGCGGUCGCUACGCUCACCGAGGGCGCGGCCAAGGCCGACCUCGAGUGCAUCGCGCUCCUCACGCAGCUCUUACUCGCGCUCGACCGCCGCGACCUCGCACAGCAGCAGUACGCCGCCGCCAAGCGCAUCGGUAACGACAGCACGCUCGUCCAGGCGAUCGAGGCGUGGAUCGGGCUCAAGACGGGAGCCCGCCCCCUCCACCAGGCGUACUACUUCUACGAGGAGCUGUACCAGCUGCCUGCGGGCCGCACGCCGCCAGUGCUCGCGUCGCACGCGGCCGCCCACCUACUCCUCAGCCACGUCGAUGAGGCCAAGGCCGACGUCCAGGAGGCGCAGGGACGCGACGGCGGCGCCGACGACGUCAACGUGCUUGCCGUCGCCACCUCGCUCGGGGACGACGAGGCCGCCGCCAAGCUCGCGGCGACGAGCCACCCCUUCGCGGCCGACCUCGCCGCCAAGGAGAAGGCGUUUGACGAGGCAGCGGCCAAGUUUGCCAUUGCCGCUUAGGCGGGCGUUGUAGAUUACGAUGAAAAUGUAGACACAGG